AACAUUUAUCGAGUACAGAACAGUAGAUACAUGCAUUGAUACAUAACAUAGGUGAAAACAAAACACCAUACAAAAACGAAACCCAUCAAAAACCCUCUCUCUUAUCUCUUUCUGCUCCGUCGUUUCGCCGAACCAUGUCAUCCUUUGCCGCCUCUAACACCCUCCGCGCCACCCUACCGCCUCGCCGGAAACAACCCUCUCCACCCUCUCCGGUCAAAUGCAACCUCUCUCCCUCCCAAUCCAACGAUUCACACUCUUCUCACACCCCUCUCUUCAAAGCCAUCGCCAUCUCCUCCGCCGCAGCUUCUAUCCUCUUACACUCCACCCCUCUCACUCCCUUCCUUCCUAAAUUCUCCACCUCUGGCGGAAAUGGCGGCAAUACUGGCAACGGCGGUGACGGAGGCUGGUUCGGCGGGAACGGCGGCGACGGAAACGGAGGGUUUUGGCACAGAAUUUUCGCGCCGGCCGCCGCUGUUGCCGACGAAUCUCAGUCUCAGGAAUGGGAUUCCCACGGCUUACCGGCGAACAUCGUUGUUCAGCUGAACAAGAUGAGCGGCUUCAAGAAAUACAAAGUAUCGGAGAUAAUGUUCUUCGAUCGGAGCCGAAGAGUGAAGGUUGGAAGCGAAGAUUCGUUCUUCGAGAUGGUUUCUCUGAGACCUGGUGGAAUAUACACAAAGGCGCAGCUUCAGAAGGAGUUGGAGACUCUAGCGACUUCUGGAAUGUUCGAGAAGGUUGAUUUGGAAGGGAAAGCAAACCCAGAUGGAACAAUUGCGGUUACGAUUGGGUUCAACGAGAGCACGUGGCAGCAAGCGGAUUCGUUUCGAUGCAUCAAUGUGGGUUUGAUGGCUCAGACGAAGGCGGUGGAGAUGGAUGCUGAUGUUACUGAUAAGGAGAGGCUGGAGUAUUAUUUGAGUCAAGAGAGAGAGUAUAAGAGGAGAAUGGAGAGAGCUAGGCCUUGUCUUUUGCCCAGUUAUGUUCAUGGUGAGAUUCUUGAUAUGCUUAGGAGACAUGGGAUGGUGAGUGCUAGGUUGUUGCAGAGGAUUAGGGAUAGGGUUCAGAAGUGGUACCAUGAUGAGGGUUAUGCAUGUGCCCAAGUUGUUAAUUUUGGGAAUCUUAAUACCAAGGAGGUUGUUUGUGAGGUUGUGGAAGGGGAUAUCACUAAGUUGGAUAUUCAGUUUCAGGAUAAGCUUGGUAAUGUUGUUGAAGGCAACACUCAGGUUCCUGUUAUACAAAGAGAGCUUCCUAGACAGCUGCGCGCGGGUUAUACUUUCAACAUUGAAGCUGGGAAGCAAGCUUUGAGGAACAUAAAUUCCCUUGCUUUGUUUUCGAAUAUUGAGGUGAAUCCGCGACCUGAUGAAAACAAUGAGGGAGGCAUAAUUGUUGAAAUCAAGCUCAAAGAGUUGGAACAGAAGACAGCGGAAGUCAGUACAGAGUGGAGUAUUGUCCCUGGACGAGGAGGGCAUCCCACUUUGGCUUCGCUUCAGCCAGGGGGAACUGUUACUUUUGAACAUCGGAAUCUGCAAGGACUCAAUAGAUCUCUUACUGGUUCUAUAACGACUAGCAACUUCUUAAAUCCUCAGGAUGAUCUUGCAUUUAAGCUAGAGUAUGCACAUCCAUAUUUGGAUGGUGUAUAUUAUUCACGAAACCGUACUCUCCGUGUAAGCUGCUUCAAUAGCCGAAAGCUGAGUCCAGUAUUCACUGGGGGGCCAGGUGUGGAUGAAGUGCCCCCAAUAUGGGUUGAUCGUGCAGGUGUUAAAGCUAAUAUUACAGAGAAUUUCACACGUCAGAGUAAAUUCACUUAUGGACUUGUAAUGGAAGAAAUAACCACUCGGGAUGAAAGUAGUCAUAUCUGUGCAAAUGGUCAAAGAGUAUUACCCAGUGGAGGAAUUAGUGCUGAUGGACCUCCAACCACCCUCAGUGGUACUGGUAUUGAUCACAUGGCAUUUUUACAGGCAAACAUCACUCGUGAUAACACACGAUUUGUGAAUGGAGCUGUGGUUGGAGACAGAAAUAUGUUCCAGGUAGAUCAAGGCCUUGGCAUUGGCAGCCGUUUCCCAUUCUUUAACCGUCAUCAGCUAACUGUGACACGAUUUGUCCAGCUGAUGUCCGUGGAGGAAGGGGCUGGUAAACCACCACCACCAGUGCUUGUCCUCCACGGCCACUAUGGUGGUUGCGUGGGUGAUCUCCCAAGUUAUGAUGCUUUUACUCUUGGGGGGCCCUAUUCUGUGAGGGGUUACAACAUGGGUGAGAUUGGAGCUGCCAGAAACAUCCUUGAGCUUGCAGCUGAGUUACGGAUACCUGUGAAAGGUACACAUGUGUAUGCAUUUGCAGAACACGGCAAUGAUCUAGGGAGUUCAAAGAGUGUCAAAGGGAAUCCUACAGAAGUCUAUAGGCGAAUGGGUCAUGGGUCGUCUUAUGGUCUUGGUCUCAAGCUUGGUUUAGUGAGAGCAGAAUAUGCCGUGGAUCAUAACUCAGGAACUGGUGCAUUAUUUUUCCGUUUCGGAGAGAGGUUUUGAGGUGCAAAUUGGUCACUAUAUUGCUGAGUAUGUUUUGUUCUUUUGGUUUGCGGAAGAAUUCUUGCAGCCAGCAGUUGAGCAGAGGGGUUCUACAGAUGCUUGAAAACGUGUUGGUUCAAGUGGACGCCAAGCCGGUACUAGACUAGUUGUCUGCUAAUAUGUUUUUUAUAGUAGACUUUAGUGUUUUUUUGUUUGUUUCCCGUAAAAUUGGUAUAGGGUUCUGUGGAAAUACUAAGAUGGCAGAUUAUCUUGAUGUCUGUUAUUCAAUGGAUAUUACUUAUUUCUGCGGCUAGUGAUCAAUAGACAGUUCGUGAGAACAAAUCGAACAUUAUAAUCUUUUAAACAAAUUAUUUUUUAUUUGAUAAAUAUGAUUGUCGGAUUAUUAGAGGUUAAAAAUUUUCUUUUGUUGUAUUAUAUUUUAGAUUCUAGGUGUAGCAAGAUUAUGCAUAACAUAUCAAGCAUUUUCACACUAGAUUUUUUCGACUAUAUGGAUCAAAUAAUGUUGUAAUAUUCUAUUGUGAAUCGUAAUUAUAGAUAAACUGACAC